CGAGUUGUCGAAAUACGAAUGGAACUAUUUAUUAUUAAGUAUGGAAACUCUAUAUCAUCAAACAAACAAACUGGUCCAAGAAACACAACAUCUUUUCUCACAGCUUGAGAAAAAAACGCCUAACCUGGAUGUAAAAGAAAUAGAAAACAACAUAGAAUCAAAAAUAAACCUCAUCAACAGUAAUUGCGAGAAAUUAGAUGUAUUAUGCCGUAAAGGCCCUAUAUCUCAAAGACAGAAUGCUAAAAUGCGCGUGGAUCAACUGAAAUAUGACAGCCGUCAUCUCACAGCUGCUUUAAAUUCAUGGCGCAACAAAAUGAUUAGAAAACAAAGAGAAGAAGCUGAAAGGGAAGCAUUGCUGUCUAGGACAUUUACCACAAAUGAUCAUGUUGAUAUUAUGAUAGAUCAUAAUGUACAACACAAUCAUAGUUUAAGAAAUGCAGUUAGUGGUAUGGAUGAUCUCCUUCAAAGUGGUAGUAGUAUUUUGGAUAGUUUGAGAUCACAAAGAAUAACUUUAAAAGGGGCUCAUAGGAAAUUAAUAGACAUUGGGAAUACAUUAGGACUUUCACAAACCACAAUGAGACUAAUAGAGCAGAGAGCAAGACAGGAUGGAUUUAUCCUAGUUGGUGGAAUGUUGUUCACAUGCUUUGUUAUAGUUUUAAUUAUAAUUUAUCUUACAUAGAAAAUAUUACCUUCCACUUUUUAAGUACAUAGGAUGAUGCAAUUAACACUAUUAAUUAUUGAAGUAUUUUAAAUAGGAAAUUGUUUUUGGCAUUGUAUAAAGAAAUUUGGUAUGUUUUUACUACUAUACGUGAUAUAUAAUAUAUUUGAAUUAAUAAUGUUGAAUGCUUCAUCCUUCACAUAUUAAAUUGAAUGUUGCAUUGUGAACCUGAAAUUUGUAAUUGUUACUUAUUAAAUAUUAAUACACAUGUAUUUGUAUGUGUGUACACAAUAAAAUAAGAAUGGCAGAGCUAUAUGUUAACAGCAUAAA